UGCGGAUCCGGCGGGUGCCGUGUUUAUUUAUUUCUUCCUCCCGUGUACGCGCAUCUUCCGCGGGGGGCUGCGGCCGCGCGCUCUCCCUCCUUUUCCCCCCCUGCCCCCCAUAAAAACGGGCGAGCAAACCGAAGCUGCUUCUCUUCUCCUCUGCUGCUGCUCCCGUUUGGGAUUUGAUUUGCAUCAUCUCCGAGCCUAUUAAAAGAAAUAAAUAAAAAAAAUAAAAAAAAAAAAGAGAGAAGAGCAGAAGAGAGGGAAAAAAAAAAAAAAAAGAAAAGAAAGGGCAAACCAAACCCACACAAAACAUGUGCGGAAGGACUUCCACUCCCUGGCUGUGCUAUUGAGGAUCAGGAAGAGCCUUUGGGGGCUCUGCAGGAUCUCGCUAGGCUGAUGCUGCUGCUCAAGGAUUUGGUGCAGGGAGACAAAACUGCUGCCUCUUCCAUCCGCUGAUCUCAACAUCUGCAUUUUCCUGCUGCUGUGCUCCCUCUCACACCCUCUCUCCAUGGACUGAAUUUUUGAUUUUUUUUCCCCUUUUCGCGGGGUGGGGGGGAGGGAAGGACGAGCAGAAAGCCAAAGGCAUCGUGCUGAGAGGAGCGAAAAUUGCCUUUAUAGCUCGUGUUCCGGUGGAUCUCUUUCGAGGUUAUUCAGCUUUUUGGGAAAGAAAACAUGACGUCGCCAGCAAAAUUCAAAAAGGAUAAGGAGAUCAUAGCUGAAUAUGACACUCAAGUUAAAGAGAUCCGUGCCCAGUUGGUAGAGCAGCUGAAAUGCCUUGACCAGCAGUGUGAGCUUCGGGUCCAGUUACUGCAGGACUUGCAGGAUUUCUUCCGCAAGAAGGCAGAGAUUGAGAUGGAUUACUCCAGGAAUUUGGAGAAGUUGGCUGAGAGAUUCCUGGCUAAAACUAGGAGCACCAAAGACCAGCAAUUCAAGAAGGAUCAGAACGUGCUGUCACCAGUGAACUGCUGGAACCUGCUGCUCAACCAGGUGAAGAGGGAGAGCAGGGACCACACCACCCUCAGUGACAUUUAUCUCAACAACAUCAUCCCACGCUUCGUCCAGGUCAGCGAGGACUCAGGACGCCUCUUCAAGAAGAGCAAGGAAGUGGGACUGCAGCUCCAGGAGGACUUGAUGAAGGUCCUGAAUGAACUCUACACGGUGAUGAAAACCUACCACAUGUACAACGCCGACAGCAUCAGCGCCCAGAGCAAGCUGAAGGAGGCCGAGAAGCAGGAGGAGAAGCAGAUUGGGAAGUCAGUGAAGCAGGAGGACAAGCAGACCCCGCGCUCCCCCGACUCCACCUCCAACGUCAAGUUUGAGGAGAAACACGUCCGGAGGAGCUCCGUCAAAAAAAUCGAGAAGAUGAAGGAGAAGCGCCAAGCCAAGUACACAGAGAACAGGCUGAAGGCAAUCAAGGCAAGGAACGAGUAUCUGCUGGCCCUGGAAGCCACCAAUGCCUCGGUGUUCAAGUACUACAUCCACGACCUGUCUGAUCUCAUUGAUCAGUGCUGUGACCUGGGCUACCACGCCAGCCUCAACAGAGCCCUGAGGACGUUCCUGUCGGCCGAGCUGAACCUGGAGCAGUCCAAGCACGAGGGGCUGGACGCCAUCGAGAACGCCGUGGAGAACCUGGACGCCAACAGCGACAAGCAGAGGCUGAUGGAGAUGUACAACAACGUCUUCUGCCCGCCCAUGAAGUUCGAGUUCCAGCCGCACAUGGGGGACAUGGAGUCUCAGCUCUGUGCCCAGCAGCCAGUCCAGAGCGAGUUGGUGCAGAGGUGCCAGCAGCUGCAGUCCCGCUUGUCGACGCUCAAGAUUGAGAACGAAGAGGUGAAGAAGACGAUGGAAGCCACGCUGCAGACAAUACAGGACAUUGUCACCAUAGAGGACUUCGAUGUCUCUGACUGCUUCCAGUACAGCAACUCCAUGGAGUCCGUGAAAUCCACGGUGUCGGAAACGUUCAUGAGCAAACCCAGCAUUGCCAAGAGGAGGGCAAACCAGCAGGAGACUGAGCAGUUCUACUUCACAAAAAUGAAGGAGUACCUGGAAGGCAGGAACCUGAUCACGAAGCUGCAGGCCAAGCAUGACCUCCUGCAGAAAACCCUGGGAGAAAGUCAGCGGACGGACUGCGCCCUGGCCAGUGGCAGGCGCAGCUCCACCGUGAGGAAGCAGGAUUCCUCCCAAGCCAUUCCCCUGGUGGUAGAGAGCUGCAUCCGAUUCAUCAGCAGGCACGGUUUGCAGCACGAAGGAAUAUUCAGAGUGUCUGGCUCGCAGGUCGAAGUGAACGACAUCAAAAAUGCGUUUGAGAGAGGGGAAGAUCCCUUGGCUGGGGACCAGAACGACCACGACAUGGAUUCCAUAGCAGGCGUCCUCAAGCUCUAUUUCCGAGGCUUGGAGCACCCCCUCUUCCCCAAGGACAUCUUCCAUGACCUGAUUGCCUGUGUCACCAUGGAUAAUUUGCAGGAGCGAGCGCUGCACGUCCGGAAGGUGCUGCUGAACCUGCCCAAGACCACCCUGAUUGUCAUGAGAUACCUCUUUGCAUUCCUCAAUCAUUUAUCUCAGUUCAGUGAAGAAAACAUGAUGGAUCCCUACAACCUGGCCAUCUGCUUCGGGCCCACGCUGAUGUCCGUGCCCGAGGGUCACGACCAGGUCUCUUGCCAGGCCCACGUCAACGAAUUGAUCAAAACCAUCAUCAUCCAACAUGAGAACAUCUUCCCAGGAGCCAGGGAGCUGGAGGGCCCGGUCUACAGCAGAGGUGGAAACACGGAGGAUUACUGUGAAAGCCCUCACGGAGAGAGAGCCCUGACAGAAGAUUCGGUGCAGGACGUCACAGCUGAGCACCACACCAGUGACGAUGAGUGCGAGCCCAUAGAGGCCAUAGCCAAGUUUGACUACCUGGGCAGGACUGCACGGGAGCUGUCCUUCAAGAAAGGAGCCUCUCUGCUGCUCUACCAGCGGGCCUCGGACGACUGGUGGGAGGGACGGCACAACGGCAUCGACGGCCUCAUCCCCCACCAGUACAUCGUGGUGCAGGACACUGAGGACGGCGUGUCGGAGAGGUCCAGCCCCAAGUCGGAAAUAGAAAUAAACUCUGAGCCACCGGAGGAGAAGGUGACAGCCAGAGCUGGUGCCAGCUGCCCGAGCGGGGGCCACGUCGCAGAUAUUUACCUUGCAAACAUCAACAAGCAAAGAAAGAAACCAGAGUCAGGCAGCAUCAGAAGAGCGUUCCGCCAAAGUGACAGCCACGGCCUAGGUAGUUCCCUGGCAGAACCAGCCUCCCCCGGAGCCAUAGCCGGUUCCAGGCCCUCAUCUCAGCCCAUUAUGAGCCAAAGUCUUCCCAAGGAGGUUCCGGACAAAUGCUCCAUCAGUGGCCACGGCAGCCUCAAUUCCAUCAGCCGGCACUCGUCGCUGAAGAGCAGGAUGGACAGCCCGCAGAUCCGCAAGGCUGUCACGGCUGGGAGGUCCAAGAGCUUCAACAACCACCGGCCCGUGGACCCCGAGGUCAUUGCUCAGGACAUUGAAGCCACCAUGAACUCGGCCCUGAACGAGCUGCGGGAGCUGGAGAGGCAGAGCAGCGUCAAGCACGCGCCCGACGUCGUCCUCGACACCCUGGAGCCCCUGAAAACGUCCCCGGUGGUGGCCCCCACCUCGGAGCCCUCCAGCCCCCUGCACACCCAGCUCCUCAAGGACACCGAGCCCCCGUUCCAGCGCAGCGCCAGCACGGCCGGGGACAUUCCCUGCACCUUCCGGCCCGUCAAAUCCGUCAAAAUGGCCACGCAGGUGAAGCCCCCGGCCACGCGGCCCAAGCCGGCCGUGUUCCCCAAAACCGGCGCCACCAGCCCCGGCGUGGCCUCCUCCGCCCCUCAGCAGCCCCCCGACAAAUCCUGUACUGUCUGAGCCCGCCGUGCCGCCCUCGGGGUGCGACUCCUGCUGCUCCAGGUGAAGGGACUCCGGCAAAGACUUUUACUUAAGGAAUCCUCGGACCGAAGGUUGGGUCGGGAGGUGCCGGGAGCUCCCGAGCGGCGGCGGCCUCGUCCCGCGUCCCCAGGACGGCUCCUGCCAUGCUUGGGAAAUCCGCAGCCCGCCGUCCACCGUGAAGCUGAGCGGGAGAACACCAAGGGAUGAGUUGGAUUUUUGGUUUUCGAUGCCUUGUUCCAAGUGUUGGGGCCGCUGGAAGGAACGUUUUGGUGGUGUCCCGUUUUUGGAUACUGGUGUAGUGACUUCUAUAAUUCUGUGUUUCAUUUAUCACAGGGAGACAAUAGGAUAGAUUUUAGUCCGUUGCAUGUUUUGGUGCCACUGGUUACGUGGAGCUUGGACAUGCCUGUUUCUUGUGCAUUAUUAUUAUUAUAAUUAUUAUUAUUAUUAUUCCGUCGCCCGCUGGUGCUGCGGUGGUUUAAGGGUCUGUCUCGACUUCCAUCACAUCCUUUGUUUGCUCCCCAUUCCUUCCCCUCAGGGCCAAAGCCUUUGGCCAUCCAGCCUCAUGCUUUAGUUGUCACGGAAGAAAAAUAGUUUACUCUGGAACACUCGUAGAUUUUGUGGAGUUCUACGUAGGAUGUGUCUGUGCAAAUAUAAACAAACACGUUCCCGAGGUCUGGGAGCACAAGAAAGAGCCCAGUUGUUGCUUAUGGACAAUCUUCACUGGUUUUCCCCUUUUGCUCUCCCAUAUUUAAAAGCAACUUUAUCGUUUCCAGUGUCAUUUUCAGCCCUUGGGCUCUGGUGUGCUGUUUGCUCUCGGGAGACUGAAUGUAAAAGACAAAAAAAAAAAAAAAAACAAAAAGGAAAAAACCCAGAUAAUUUUGAAAACAAGCAUCCUCUGCUGGGAGCCCAUCCCCAACACACGCUCUGCUGGUUCACCCGUUCCUCAGGACAGAUCCUGACCCCGAUCCCAGCACCAAGCACUGUAAAAACUUCGCUCAGGAGUUCUCAAGCUCCCUGCCUCGUGCCCCUCUGCGGCCGCCUGGGGAUCUCUGCUCUUAUAGAGCAGUGCAGGGAGCGCUGCUGGGGACAGGCGUGUGACAGCAACACGUGGCCUCUGGAGUGGCUUCUGCCCCCCGUGCUCCCUGCCACGCCUGCUCCACGCAGGGCUCACCUGUGAACGAAUCCUUGGGUAUUAUUGGUAUUUAUCCGUAGCCAGCAGCGUCCGCGGAGUCUUUUUGUGCUCCCCUGGGAAUUCUCCGCAGUGCCCACCUUUGUCUGAUUUCGUAGCGAGAAGGCACGUGCCACUUAGGGGUGGAGACCUGGCUGACCCUCGGCUCGCCUCGGUGCUCAGCUUUCCCGGGAUUUCAGACAAGUCCUUAGGCUUCCAUCCGAGAACGAAUUCAGGACGAGAUAGGAAAUGUCAUUUUUCUCGCCCGUUUAAGCCGAGUUUCCUUUCGGUUUGUGGGAUCCUGGUGACGGCAGAGUCAGAUUAAUUGGCACUUGGAAAAGAAGAAGCAAAGAAGAGUUGGCUGAAACGUCCUUCUCUGGUGCAUUUAGGAUGUGACUUGGAAAAACGGAGCGGGGUCUUCCCGCGUCCCUGUCCAUCCCCACACGCACAACUCCCCUCUCUACAGAAGCAAUCAACCCAUCAUUAAUGACUUCCCAAAAAGCCAGCUUCCUCUGGGCCCUGAGCUGAGGACGUGCAGGAGCUGGGGAGCCCUGGGAAGGUUUUGGUGAGGACUCUCCUCGUUGUGCCCGUUUCUCCUGAGCUUUCCUGGGGAAGCCCCACGGUACGAGCGUGACUGUCCCUGCCCCUCCAGGAGAUGCCACCAGCGACCUUUGCUCUCAGGUUCUGAUGGACUUCUACCACCAAGGAAUCACUUGUUCUUUUUGGGGGAAAAAAAAAAAUUAAAAAAAAAAUAGAAUGAUUAAACUUGUAAUUUUUUGCUCAGGCAGAACUCUCUGGCAUUUCCUUU